AUGCAGCUUGCUUCGAUGCCAGUGACCCCGCUCGGACGUCGGAUGGCACACUUUGGUUGGGACGAGCACUCCCAGUCACAGACUCAAGCAGUCAGAGCAGGGCCCCAGCUCAACAGUUGGCCCGAGCACGAAUUCGCAGCACGAGGCUACUGCUUGCCAGCCACAGUCCCAGCAGUCCCCCCGGUGCCCGACCAGUCGUUUGAGCUGCAGGCCAUGAGCGCCCAGGUCAGCAGACCCGUUCCCGCACCAGCCAUUGCGCCUGCAAGCGCCGUUGCAUCGUACGAAUCUCGCGACAGCACUGGGAGGGUGUGGGGCGUGCCAAAUGCUGGUGGCCGUGGACAAUGUUUGGAUUGCCCGAACAAGGCGGCCCUGCCCAGCAAUCGGUGCAAAGAUUGCCAGCUCCGUCGUGGAAGAGGCACGCCAAUGCAGGACCUAAGCGCUCUGCGGCCGGCGCUUGACGCGGCUGCUCGACGACGGCCAGAUCGGCAGGCCCUCGUGGAUGCCCGCCUUCGUGUCCUGUACGAGAAAUUGCAGGAUGGCCAGAUCGCCGAUGAGAUCCAGCACAAGUUGCACCGCAGCUGA